GAAAAGAACAAUGCAUGGUGCAUUUUUGUGUCUUGUAGCCCAGACUUGCGUAAAUUGUCUUAGUUUUAAGCUGAUGUGCCGCCUUGAGUAGUAAUGGGGAGUGAUGAGCAGCAAUGUACGGAUUUAAAAAUAAUAUUCAUUUUAAGGAAGGGGUGAUUUACUUUUUGUGAUGCUUCAGAAGAGAGCAACAAACUAUGGCAAGUACCAGAGAUAAUAUGUCCACGAUUCUUACCAGGCAGGACAAUGCCAUCGAUCAAGCGGGUCAUCUCGGUCACCCAGGUAGUCGGGGCAAUCAAAAUUACGUCAUAAAGCUCCAAUAACUCUUUUUCAGCCAAUGGUACAGGCGCUCCAAAUCUCUUUAGAUUUAUGAGUUGUGUAUUUCACCGAGAGUCCCACACAAGGAAUGCUAACUCCUUACUUGUAAACAAAUCGAUAACAAACCGGCGCUUCUGACCAACGGGGAUUCUCUUGUUACAAAGGGAUCAGCGCCAGAAUGCAGAAAUUACGUUUGAUGGACUGCCGGAAAGAGGGACAAGUGCCAAAGGGAGCGACCAACAGCUAAAUGGAAUACCGAAGAUGUCCACAUUACUUGCCACCCACCCAAAGUCGAUAGUAUUAAAUUCAACUAGCACAUGCUGAGGAUAUAUAAGUGAAUCGCAUGGUUUCCUUGAAGAGAGGCGAAGACGGCAGCAGAAAUCCGAAUCAGUCCUGUAGCUCACUAGCGGCUCCGGCGAGACUUGAAAGACGACUCCACUUGACGAACACCGCCGUUCAGCGCCGACCAAGGACAUACCAAGAGAUGCAGGCUCGAAAGAAGUGGCACGUCCUGCUGGGUAUGAGCUUUCUGCUGGUUACUUCUGGCCACUGCGCGAACAGCAAGGACUCGACUUUGGAAGAAAGGAGGACAAUGCAGGACGCAAUUUUAGAGGUUUUUAGCGAUAAUCAAGGUGCCAGAAGCGUGACCAGAAGGAACAGUGGACACCUCUACACUGUCGGACAGGACUAUAAAUUUUCUCGCAGAGAAAAGGGCUUAUUUAUUCCGAGGCUGGAUAGCAGCAGACCCUUAGAAAUUGUUCAGAGAGAUGUGAACCUAAAGGAUAAAUUCAUUAAACAUUUCACGGCAGGACCAGUGAAAUUCUCAUCAGAAUGUAACAGGCAUUUUCAUCGACUGUACCAUAACACAAGGGACUGUUCAACCCCUGCAUAUUACAAAAGAUGUGCAAGAUUAUUAACACGAUUAGCACUGAGUCCAUUAUGCGCACAUUCUUAGGAGUCUGAUAAGUCCAAAAAAUGAAGGAGGAACUUCAAUUUGCCCAGAAAGUGCCUUGGAAUCUUCCCAAGAUGGUUCAAAAUUCACUUGAUUAUUAUUAUUAUUAUUUUGGUGUAAAAAUAUUGUUUAUUUUUUAACAGUUUUUAUUUUCUUGUAUUUGGAACAUUCCUUAUUUGUGUUGAUAAAAUAUUUCUUUUCUGUUUUUUUUUCAAACCACAGUCUAGUGUCAAAAUGCAGUUAUUUAUUUAAAGUAUGAUGUAUAUAAUGAUCUGCCAUAAUUAAUAAUAUAAAAAUGAUCCAGAAUGUCCAGCACUAAAUGCUGAGUCUACAGUGUGUCUGUUUUGUUCCCUGAAUUGCUUACAUUGUUGCAGUAACUGC